AUGGAAAACGAUUCCUCGUCGAUUUACGAGACACUCAGAAAUGAAACAAAUCCUUCAGAAGAUCAACAAAAGGAAAUGGAAAUCCCGUCUGCAUUAACAGCAGACUAUAUUGAAAUGAUUUAUCUAUGCUUUGUGAUCAUUGUCGGAACACCGUCGAAUUGUUUCAUUCUCAGGAGAUUGUGUCAGGAUUUAAAACGAACGCCAAAAGACAGUGUUAAGGCUGGUUUCCUCAUACUGAAGAUCAAUUUGAACAUCUCCGAUUUACUUCUUUUGUGCAUUUUGGCAUUUGGAAAGCUUUUAUGGUUGUUGAUGUAUCAAUGGCCUUGGGGCUCAGCUUUGUGCAAACUCUACAAUUUCGGCUCAAUGGUUUCACUAUACAUUUCGUCGAAUAUCGUCGUUUGUAUAGCGUUGGAUCGACUUAGAAAUGUCCUCGGCGCAAGCAAAUUGAGAAGAGGAAAAGGCGCAAAUGGAAGUGUGGUGCAUCUGCUUUUGAUUGGUUCAUGGUUUUUGGCGAUUCUCUGGUCAAUUCCACAGCUAAUCGUCUGGGAUGUGCAAGAGGUGGUGCCAGGCUUCUCACAAUGCACCGAUAUCUGGAUGAUCAAGAAACAUCUGAUCCACUUUGGUCGGGCAAAGGAAAGUGAUUACGGUUUUUUGUACAGCACUGUCAUGUCAUCCGCUUAUGAUAUUUCACAUUUGUUUUUCGUCUUUUGGGGUCCACUAAUUGUUCUCAUUAAAUGCUACGUCAUCAUUGCGAUUCGAUUAGUGAAAUACUCAAGAAGAGCGCCUGGACAACCGAGUCCCAUGAUUCGCCCGGAUAUGACUUCUGGACCGUCUGGUGUUGAGCAAUCGAUCUCACUGCAUCAAUUCGAAACUGCUUCCACGACUGUAUCCAUCGAUCGCCACAGCACACCGCGGGUAAACGUUAUCGCAACUCGCACGUUAUCUAACCCGCAUGAGAUUUCGGGUAUUCGACGAUCUUUUGACCGAUACAGUGAACGAGUGCCCAGCCCUGGAUUGAGAUCGAGUUCAAGAUUAGGCAGUGCUCUUCCAUUUACGAAAUAUUUUCACCGAAAUGGACACAGUAUGGACAAUAUCUUUUCAAAAGAUGAUGGAACACCACCAAAGAAAAUGUCUCGAGUCUCGGAUACACUUUCGGGCAAAGUGCCAGCAUGGAGGAGGCAGUUACGAAGCAAAGUCUUUCGAACAACACUCCUCGUCGUGAUCGCUCAUUUUCUUUUCUGGUUUCCUUACAAUUUUCUCGCCAUCAUGAACUAUAUAAAUGAGAAUUUGUAUCAUGAACUGAGCGAGAACGCGAAUAUUUUCAAAGACAUGCAACUUCUCAUCACUCUCAUCAAUCCUUUUCUUUACGGGUUUACACAU